AUGACUGUGGCUAGGACUAUGACUGUGGCUAAGGCUGUGGCUGUGGCUGAGGCUGAGGCUGUGGCAGACGUCUGCACGGUUCCUCCGGGCCCCGUGACGGUCCCAGAAAACAACACGGCCGACGUCCAGCUGGUGAAAAUCAGCUCCGGGGGCGAUGUGACCCUCACAGUGUCGGUGAACCCUGAAGACCUGUUCUACCUGAAGGGAAACGCCCUGAUGGUGAAGAAAGGACUCGACUAUGAGUCGCUGUCCAGUGCAGCUCUGGUGGUUUGGGUUCAGUGCAGCAGAACUGGCUCCAGAUCAGUCAACGAGUCCGUCGAGGUUUUGGUUGAAAAUGUGAACGACAACCCGCCGAACUUCGCACAAAACCACUUCGUGCUGGAGGUGAAUGAGCUCACUCCGGUCAACACCAGCGUUGGACUGAUAGAGGCCACAGACGUGGACUCAGAGCCGCUGUUCUAUCGCUUGGAGUCUGCCACAGAUAAAUAUUUCCGCCUGGAAAACAUCAACAGUCCAAAGAUUCUCGUGAAAAGCGUCCUGGACUACGACAUUGUACAGAAGAUCUCUCUGGUUUUACACGUGCAGGACACCUUCAACGGCUCCGCCUCCAACAAGCCCUUCUUCACGUCUGUGGCCUCCAUCACGGUGCACGUGAAGGACGUGGAUAACCGGCCGCCGUGGUUUCAGCCGUGUUUGAGGACCAACUUGGGAAUCUCCAAACUGUGCGUGAGCAGCGGCUACAGAGGCAAAGUGAAUCUGACUGAGAAGGAGGAGGGGCCGUUAGUGCUGGAACCUGGUCCAGUAUUCGCCAAGGACGGAGACAAGAACAGGAGCGAGCAGAUCAGCUACAGGAUACUCCGAGGAAACGAGGGAAACAUUUUCCAGAUCGACGAGGAAACAGGAAACAUCACCAUGACGAAAGCUGCUGACAUCAUCGGCCCAAUAACCCUCACUGUCCUGGCGUCACAGGUGACCAACAGGGAUCAGUUUGCGGUGACGCAGGUGACCAUCGAGGUGAUGAAGAAGAGCAGGAACCCUCCUCGCUUUGAGAAGGAGCGAUACGAAGGAUUCAUCUACAGCAACUCUGUCCCUGAGAACAUGAUCCUCCGAGACCGCGGCACCAACCGGCCGUUCAGGGUCCGAGCCCGGGACGAGGACUUCGCCACCGGUGUGAAUCCAGAUGUGAAGUAUGAGGUUCAGUACAGCAGCUACGUCAACGUGACCUCAGACGGUUUUGUGAUCCUGAAGAGAGUCGUGAAGACCGAGUCCUUCGCGCUUCAGCUCAGAGCAGUGGACACAACGACAGGGGAGUUCGGAACAGCUGCCCUCUCUGUUCAGGUCAUACCAGCCGUGGCCAUCCCGUCUCCCUCAAACGUGGGCUACCGUCCGGGCGACAUGGCGCUCCUGGGUCUGGUCAUGGCAGCUCUGCUGGUCCUCUGCCUCAUUGUGAUUGGCUUCCUGAUUUCCCGCUUGUGGAAGGGAAACGGCAGCGUGGACAAAUUAUGUGAGUGCCUGGGCCCCUGCCUGAAGUCCGAGCAGCCCCGCUCCGGCCACAGGGACUCCCUGCAGUACACCAACGACGGCUUCCAGAACGAGGCCGACCUGAGCCGCGGGGGCGCGAGGCGCUGGAACAACGCUCUCCCCAGACGGAGCACCUUCCCCCAGGCACGAGGCCGGGUCAUCCCGCUGGAGAGACGGAGCCGCCACUGCUCCUCCUGUGGCGUCUACACCAACCACGUACCCAAGGGGAGCCCCUCAGUGAGGCCGUCCAGGAGGGGCAGAGGAGACGGGGACGAGUACGGCAUGAGGUCCAUCCUGACCAGGCAGAGGAGGAAGGAGGGCCAGAAGACGGUGUGGUUCAAGGAGAGCGAGGACUCCUCCGACAUCGAGGUGGAGAUUAUCCCAGACACUGUGGGCCGGGUGGAGGAGGAGACUGAGGAGGAGCUGGAGGGGGAGGUGGAGAUGGAGGGGGUUGUCAGGGACCCGGCGGCCCCACUGAGAGAGCCUGAUGGCGGGCAGGAGAGCCAGAGCACAGAGACCAGUGAGGAGCAGGACCAUGAAAAUACCAGAUCAGAAAAAACAAAGGGCAGCCAGGAGCAGGAGGGCUGACGGCAGAGGUCAGAGGUCAAACUCCAGGAAAUGAAACUCAGCUGUUGGUUUUCUUCUCACUUUUUGGAGACAGCCUGAAGCGGAGGUCUCAGCAGUCCAGCAUCUUCCAACACAUCUGGAUACCUGCCAGACCUGAAGAGUCCAGGAACCACAAACUGUUUAUUUUCUGCUGUGAGUAUCUCAGAAAACAUUAUGAGAUGAGGUUUUUCUGUAACUUGGUGACUGCAGCUUGGGUUUAUUUUGGUAGUUUUGGUUGUCAUGUUCAUUGGUAACACAGCGUCCUCACUGAAUGAAGUCAGACAAGACAAAAAGUCCGGCUGCAAACAAACCCUGCAGACAGAAAACACUGAAAACAAACCAGAAACUUUCUGCUCCGUGUUUCAAACACUGCUUUCACUGAGGGAUUAUUAGCAACCUGUCAGGUGUGAGCACCUACAGUAGAGAGCCCGAGUUCUCCUCCCUGCAGCCAUUGUGAUGAAAACAGCGUAUUUACAACAGCCAAAACUACUGAAAUAAGAUCCAAGUUUGACACGAAGCCGCCUUCGUUUCUGGAUCCCACUGUCUAAUAAGGCAUCGUUCAUAAAAGGUUUAGAAGUUGUAACGAGGCUGCAACUAACUUUUCAUCAUCAGCAGAUUUUCUCAAUUAGCUGAAUAAUUGUUCUGUCUACAAAACAUCAGAAAACAGUGAAAAGCGUCCAUCACAGUCUUCAAAUGUCUCAAACUAACAGUUCAAAACCCAAAUUAUUACAUUUACUACACUGAUCGAUGAGGAAAUGCAGCUAAUUCUCUCAGUUAAAAAGCUGGAACCAUUAAAAGUUUCCAGUUUUUAUGUUUUCUCUUAAUUUUAUCAAGUCCUCAUUGCAGCCUUAGUUGUAAGUUAUAGCCUUAAUAAUUGUUAAUAUAGUUUAGGAAUAAAAUAGUUGAAAAUUUACUUGACUCUUGCUGGAAGGUGAACGGUUUCUGAUUCUAAUACGAUAUCAGCAAAAGUCGGCCAUUCAUCUGUAAUUCUGAAUGUUAAUAAAGUAUUAAUGAAGAGCUCUAAUAAUCUAAAUAAUAAGAAGUUGUUAUCAAUGAAAACUGGUUCAGAUGCUCUGCAGCUCUUUAACUGUCUGGUAUCUGAUGAACUAAAAGGUAAAAAGACACAAAGCGUUGUUCCUACUAACUUACAAAUGAUCAAUAAAACAUUAGAAGAUGAUUAAUUAGCUGUUAAUAAACCCGUUAUAAAGGAUGCCUUAUCAGAAAGCGAUAUCUGUCUUGAUUUGUCAGGAUUCACCUGAUCGUUGAGGACAAACAUUCCCUUCUUGUUUUUAUUUUAGAAUAGUUAGUUUGUUUACAUAGUUUAUUGAAUCUAAAGGAAAUGUACAGUUUACAGUUCAUCAGUACAGAAUAGUUUUCAGAUGUGAUCCGUAUCAUCUUGUCCUGCUCGCCGCGGUCAGGUCAGGGAGUCGACCACAAGCCCAGAAAGCGACUGAACGUCGUCGCCGUGGUGACGAUGGUUUGAGUCUCUGCACUCUGUCCGAGCGUUACUAAACUCAACCACGUGUCUGGAUUUCAUAGUGAAAAAUACAUGUGAAGACAAACUUUAUCUACUGAAUACUAAACAGCUGAGAAGAUGAUUUUAUGUGGACUGUGUGUUAUUGGGCAUGUUAAGUAACUACUUUCAUGGAUAAAUCUAAGGUUAAUGUAUAGUUGACUUUUUGUACAUUACAGUGAUUGUGUCGAGUGC